AUGUCUACAGCAAAGUCUCAGGUAAAGGGCGUCCUGUUGGUGGGCAGUGUGCCUGGGAGCGAUACUGAAGAUGUUUUGCGCCGGGUUGCUCCAGCUCUGGGAAGCCGCCUCAAGUAUAUACCUGACGGAGAGACCGGCCAACGUAACUUCUUCAUAGGAUGGCAGAUGUAUAAGUUCGGUGCCUUUCCCGAGGUGGUCAGCCAAUUCGGCCAGAAUGGCAAGUUUGAGGAGACUCCAGUGCCAGAGGAGAAAAUCAAAGAAGCAGCCGAAAAGCUCGAGGGCAUGUCGACAGAUUACGACACUGCGGCUCUUGAGUCUUACCCAGUGUUCAAGAAACUAAAGGAGGAAGGAGUCAUCCCUCAGAAAGUCAAGUUCCAGGUCUGCUUACCUUCACCACUGACAUUCGUCUCCCCUUUUAUCGUGGGAGACUACAAGACCGCGAUUGAGCCCGUCUACGAACGCGCCAUCCUCAGAGCUUUGGAAAACGUCACCAAGGCUAUCCCAGAGCAUGAGUUGGCUAUCCAAUGGGAUGUCCCUCUUGAAUUUGCUUUACUGGAGGGUGUCUGGGUAGAGCCCUGGUUCUCUCCUCUCGAGCAAGGGAUUCUAGACCGCUGGCUUAGAUUGACUGCAGCCGUCAAGCCUGCCAUCGACAUGGGCUUCCAUUUCUGCUACGGCGAUAUUGGUCACCAGCACUUCACUCAGCCAAAGGAUACUGGUGUGAUGGUUGAUAUGGCCAAAGAGCUUCUGAGUCAAGUCAAGAGACGUGUCGACUACAUCCACAUGCCUGUACCCAAGGAUAGAGAGGAUGCAGAAUAUUAUGCUUCCUUGAAGGACUUGCAAGCAGUCAGGGGUGAGACGGACAUUUAUCUUGGUCUUGUGCACACGGAUGACUUGGAAGGUACGGAGCGCAGGAUCAAGGCUGCUUUAGAGGUGCUCGAUAGCUUUGGAGUCGCGACCGAAUGUGGCUGGGGAAGAACAUCUGCGGAUGAGAUUGGUUCGAUUGUUCAUGUCUUGAACGCCGUCUCAAGCGAGCAAGUCUAG